CAGAUUUUUUUUUUCCUUUUAAACCGACCAUUAUUUGUUUUUUUGGCAUGUAAAACUAGGUUUUCUUAAAGUUUUGAACAGCCAACUUGUUGAUGUCGGCUUGUCUUUUUCUUUCUUGAUUUAUAAGCAAGACAAAAUGAUUUUGAUCCCUUAUGUUAUAAUAUCCUUUUAAUUAAUUAAUUUAAAAACACUCUGAAAUGGAAGUGAUUUAGCUGAAAGCUUUGUUGGGCAUCUAAACACUCAAAAUCAACAGCAGCAUUUUCAUUCAUAAAACUUCUUAGGAAAAAAAAGCAGGGAGCUUUUGGAUUUGAGUAUUUGGUGGCUAGACUUUAGUUGUUGCUGUGGGAGUAGUAUAAAGGAAUAUAUGGUAAGUAAAUCAGAAGCUAUAUCCUUCCUCUUGAGGAGCUAUGAAUUUUGGUAGUUGUUUCACUAGUUUGUUUUGCUAGUAUGUCAGUUUCAGGUAGAUCCAUUGAAUUCUUUUUCUUUUCUUUGGAACCGACUAUAGAUGUAUUUUUGCAUUUUGUAGAAUGCUAUUGAAUUAUAGGAGUGUUCAUUUCAACUAGAUGAAGAAAUGUCAAAAAACAUGGAAUCGAAAUCUACCACACCAAGUGUCAUUGCAAGAUUAAUGGGUCUUGAUGAACUCCCAUAUCAGCAACCUGUCAAGAAACAGAAGCAGCAAAGAGUGCUUUCAGAUAAUUAUCUACGUAAAGUUGCAUCUAUAGGUGUUUGGGAGAAGCGGUCAUGUGAUGAACACCGUUCAUUUCGGUUCAGCAUGGAAGAGCAAAAGGAGUUCAAGGAUGCAUUUGAAGUGAUAGAAUCAUUAGAGAGAGACAAGAGUAGAACUGAUAGAGAAAAUCCUAAAUUGCUUCAAAAACUUGAGAAUUGUUUUAUAAAAGAUUCCCAUAGGAAAUAUGGACCUGAUAACACUUGUAUGGUUCCUAGAUUUCAUCUUGAAUCAAACAAUGAGAGACGUUCUUCCUUUAGGAAAAUUGUUGUUUUGAAACCAAAACCUAGAGAGGCAGAGAACACUACUAAUUGUCUCUCUUCUCCUAGUUCAUGUGAAGGUUCUUAUUCAGGCAAUAGGAAAGACAAAGGGUUCCUUAGUCAUGGAAAAGGAGAUUCACAUGUUCAAGUUAAGGAGUUGAAGAACUUUUCCAAUGGUGUGAAAUCCACAGGGCAUAUUUCUAUCCUUUCCUGCAAAACUGAAAAGGAAAUCAUCAGAAAAACAAGGCAUAACAUAAGUAACAUUUCUUUGGAGCCACCAAGUCCAGGAUUCAGUGGUGUUCACAGUCUUGCAAAAAAGCCAGAGUUCAUGAUGGUUUCUUCCCCGUAUAACUCUGAUUUAAACAACUGGUUCAAGCCCUCAUGUUACUACUUAGAUGGAUCAUAUGUGUCUCUGGAAGCAAAGAAGCAAAUCUCAGAAAGACGGAGGAAGACUAAAGAGUUUCGAGAGAACAGACUCAUUAUUGGGGGUAGGGGCAGAAGUAGAACACUUGGUGAAAUGCUUGCCUUGCCUGACCAUGAUAAGUGUGCAAACUUUCGUAGUCCUUUAGGCAUUAGCAAUAGAGAUGGAUGGAAAAAUGGGGGUGUUGGAGACUUAAUAAAGUCCAGAUCUCCAGCAUUUUCUACAUCUGUUGAGAAUCCUAAAAUCAGGACCUAUCACAAAGCUUUCCACGAUGAUUUGUAUAUGACUAUGAGGCCAAUGUUUUCUCUUAAUUGGUCAAGACUGAAGUCAAGUAAGCAUGGUUCCAAUGGGAAAGAUGAUCUGGAACAAAGAAACUCAGGAUCCAUCUGCAAGAAGUCUCAAUCCAGUUUAUACCUAGAGUCAGAAAAGAAUCACUCACUAGAAGACAAAUCUGUUAUCCAUAAUAUGUUCAUGAACAACCUUGAGAAGCAGGAUCCUUCUGAUGAAAAUUCUAUAGUUUCUAAGUCAUUAAAGCAUGAUGUCGUUUACUCUGGUUCUGAAAAUAAAAUCACCCCAAUUGAUCAGUGGAAUGACAUCAAGUAUGGAAAUAUGUCUGCAGAGGAUUGUAUGGUACCUGAGUCACCAAUGUGCACAGCUGCAUCUCCAAGCAUUGCCUCUGAUAUGGUGGUUAUUGUAGAAACUGUGGGUGUUGCCUCUGAAUCAACAAGCAGCACAAUGUCAGACAAAGAUUACAAUUCUUCUCUUUGUAUCCCUGAUGCUUCGAGUCAACAGGAAGACAUGUCAACGAAAAUAUCUGAAGAGUGUGGCACAGACCCCGACUUUCUUGUGAACUUGGAGACAGCUUAUCAGCCUAGUCCAGUUUCAGUUUUGGAAGCACCAUUUGAAGAGGAGAAUUUAUUGAGCCCUAAAUGCUUUCAAAGUGUCACUGAUAGCUUACAUGAUGUGAGGCAACAACUUGAAUUUCUAAAAUCAGAAUCACUUAAAGGAUACUCAGAAGGGCCUGGAAUGGUUGUGUCAAGUGAUGAUGAUGAUGCUGGUGCAGUAGAAAAGUCUCUGGAGGACUGUGAAGUAAAUGAAGAUUUAACUAGGUUGUUUGGAGCUGAAGAGAGUAGGGAUUUCUCCUAUUUGGUUGAUAUAAUGACUGAGGCAGGUUUUCAUAGUAGGAACCAGGAUAUAGGCCUUAAUGGAUGGCACUCUCCAGAAAUCCCAAUAAGCCCUUCAGUUUUUGAGAAAUUAGAGAAGAAGUAUGGUGAACAGAUACCUGGGAAGAGGUCAGCAAGGCGGCUACUUUUUGACUGCAUGAAUUCAGGUUUAAUGGAAAUUCUCCAACCAUGCUUAGGAGAACCCAUGUGGACAAAACCUGUUGCAAGAAGGCUUAGCUAUAGGCAGAACUUAAAGGAGAUUGAGGAAGAACUGUACAUGUUCUUGGUUAGCCAUGAAAAGGAAGCAAGAAAUGACUCAUCUGAGAAAGUAUUGGGAAAGGAUGAUGGAUGGUUAUUCUUAGGAUAUGAAGUAGAGGUAAUUGGUAGAGAAAUAGAGAAUUCAUUGAUUGAUGAGCUGGCAGCAGAGAUUGUUAGCCUAGAGAGUUUUUGAAAGAUAGUUUUCCCACUUUUUUCCCCUCAUGGUUUUGGCAGAUAUUUAUAUGCAUCAUCAAAACCACCAGUGAGUUUUUUUGUUUUUUUUUGCUUUUUUCAUUGGUAUUUUGCAUUAGCUUGUCAGUGAGAAAAAAAGAGAAGUAUAUAGGAAAAUUUUUGAUCUAGUGAGGUUUAAACUUUGUUGGUCAUGUUAGUUUAUUGAGAUUUAAAAAUACAUUACAUGGUUCAUUCUUUGCAUUGGUGUGGAAAGUCAAGAUGUGUGGAUAGAUAUGUUAGGCUGAUGGCAGAUGCCAUGCCUGGUAUUGUAUUCCUGUAAGUUAGUUUCUGAAAUUGUUUGGUUCCAAAAAGAAAAAAAAUGAAAAAAGAUGGAGAUUUUAUGUUAAUACCAUGUUAUUUCCAUUUUUUUUCUUUUUCUUUCCCUAGCUCAAUGAUCAAGAUCCUCUAUGCAGUUAUGUUAUCUGUAAAUGGUAAAGACAUUAUAUUCUGCUGAACACUUGGAUGGAUUUCAGAUUACCUUCAGGAAAUUGAUUAUCAAUGAAUUUGAUUUCAGAUUAACAGAGGUGAAGAAACAUAUCAUGCGUUGUAAUCUCUUUUUUUUUUUUU